AUGAACUUCCUAGCGCUUCUUAUGUUUCUCUGUCCGGCGCUGAUGGCAGCUGCCGGGUCGAUCCAAGAGCUGGGUCACUCUAAGGUUGAUCUUCGGAUAUCGGAAGAUUACAACACAAGCCUGGAGGAUAUGAGAGGCUUACGGGACGUUUCCGAAGAUUCUUCCCGAACUGUGUGCUUUGGCGAGCUCGGCUGCUUCAACGAUAGUAUCGGAAUGAAGAUCCCCGAAGACCCUACGGCCAUUCCGCCUUUCUAUGUCCUUGUUUCGAGCGAGAAAGAGGAAGUCCGCCUGAGAUGGAAUGACGAAGAUAGAGAGUUACGACUCAAGACCGCAGGUUAUUUCGGAGAAGAGAGACACCUCAUUUUCGUGGCCCAUGGUUUUGGGGAGUCUAGUCGGAGACCGUGGAUGUGGGAUCUCAAAGAUGCGGCAUUAAAAGCUUAUCCUGGCGCCAAUAUCGUGAUCAUCGACUGGCGGGAAGGCGCCGAUGCUCCGGACUACGACCAAGCGUCGGCAAACGUUGCGGUGAUCGCCACUAUGACAGCGGCUCUCACACAGAGCCUCAUGCUGAUCCAUCCGAAAAUCAAGGCUGAGAAUAUUUAUUUCAUCGGUUUCUCCCUUGGAGCCCAAAUGGCUGGUUUUUACGCUCGAGCAUUCACCAAGAGGACUGGACGCAAAAUCGGACGAAUCACGUCUCUGGACGCAGCGGGACCGAACUUCGAGGCGAUCGGAGUUUCUCCGCGGAGGGGAGAGGCCGAUUUUGUCGAAGCGAUCCACACUUCACUAGAGUUCACUGCUUUGCUUGGUAGAGUCGGGUACUACGCUGCCUACGGAGACAUCGAUUUCUACCCGAACGGCGGCACUCGUCAGGCUGGUUGUCUCGGAAUCACGUGUUCUCACGAAAGGGCCUACCACUACCUUAUUGAGGCUUUGAAUGACGUGGAAGGAUGCCAAUUCAAAGGCUUGAGAUGCAAGAGCGCGGUCGAAGCUGAGGAUGGAAACUGCAACGGCCACGCAAUCGAUACGUAUAUAGUUAAUCUACUCGAACUCGAGUCGGAGUUUUUGGACAGACUCGGAGAAGACCUCCUCAUACUGCGGUUGGAAAAAUGCGAUUGGUCAUUACGCGCUUUUUAUACGAUUCUUCGGUACUGCAAACAUCUGCGAGUCCUGGAUUUCUCCGCCCUAGGCAGGAGAGGAGCCCGCGAGACGCUCAGACCCGUGGAGAACGUCCCCAUUGACCACAUCCGCCUCUCGUCGCCUCUCGUACGAAGUCUGAGUCUCCGGGAAGUGAUUCUAGCAGACGGAGAACUCAAUCAUCUCCUGGAUUCGCUGCCGAACCUGGAACAAAUAGCUGUGCACGCCCCGAUGCAUGUGAAUGUCAGUUCCAGGGGUACGCUGAUCUGCCUGCUGAGGGCAGAGCAAACUUUCAAGAAACUAGACUUUGCCUUCGAUUCUCUCGACCCAGACGUCGUCAGGCUCAUCGAGAAAUACGCAGACUCUCUCGUGGAUUUGAGAUUAGAUUCCUGCAAAGGUCUCUUGCCGGAGGCCUACCGCUCAAUGAGUGAUUGCAGAAAUCUGCGAGUUCUGGUUCUCCGAGAACCUGAUGCCUUACAGGAUCGACAUCUGCUGAAAAUUCUCGGGAGAGCCCCCGAGCUGGAAUUUUUUUACGUCACCGAUGCGAUACAGCUGACGAAUGCGGCUGUCGAGCACAUCGAUGCAGUGGGCAAAUUCCGGUGUAUUCCCCAGUCACGGAUAGAAACAGCACCUGACAUACUCCAAAUCCAUGGGACGUUCCCCCCUCCACAGGACAUGAUGCUGACAGUAGGUAAUGCGCAUUUCUCACACAGCAUACCUUCAAUGCGCGGAAAUUUUCGAACCAUCAUCGUUUACGGUCCCAACAGCACCCGAGAAUGCAUCGCCUGGAUUGCUAAGAACUUUGGGAAGGUGGAAGAAUUCAAGAUUGAGUGUUACCCUCCGUUGAGCGAUGAUACCGCGCAUAGACUGAGUUCUCUCAAAAGUCUCCGGAAACUAAGUCUCAUCGGGGCCAGAUGGUUCUCAGACGAAGCCUUCGCCAGAGGCAUCGGAUCGUCUGCCAUGGAGACGCUCGAAAUAACCGACUGCCCCCUGACGGAUAAAGGACUUGCGAGUUUAGCGGCUCAUCACGGCCGCUUGAGGAGAUUCCAUCUGACUAAUUGCAAUCGGGUAACGGAUACAGGUAUCAGCUCUCUCCUUCGCGGUGAGCCAUUCCUCGAGGCACUCGAGCUCACCAAUUGUGACUUACUGACAGAGAAUUGUCUCUCGGAGAUGAGGAAGUCGUGUCCGCAUCUUGUGGAGCUGACAGUCAACUGCCCGAAAAUAACUCAAUCGUUCCGGGCACCUUGA